AUGCUUGUGUGGUCUGCCGUCAUCAUAAUCAACCCCCUGAGUCAGGCACCAGGGGCUUUCGGACCGACCCCAACAUCAUCUCAACUGGUAAAAGCAUGGAUGGGAUGGAUAUACCAUAUUGGAUCUAUCCCCGAACCCGUACCCCAGAUAUGGUCGGCAGCUUCAAAACAACCGCUAGUCAGCGCUGGCAGUUCCCAAGAUGGCCAACCCACUCUCGGCUUCGUCGUCAGCCUCAUCACUUAG